UUGGACGUCCUGCUUGAUCACUCAGGGCUAUUUAAUAUUACAGUUGACCCUUGAACAAUGCAGGGGUUAGGGGCACCCCCCACCCCUGCAUAACUUUUGACUCCCCCCAAAACUUAACUACACAGUUGUCCCUUGGUAUCUGAGGGAGAUUGAUUCCAGAGCCCCGCAGAUACAAAAUCCGGCGGGGGAUGUUCAAGUACCCUAUAUGAAAUGGCGAAUAUCAAGGCGUAUAGUUGGUGGCUAUCUGCAUCCAUGGACUCCCAACCAGGGAUGGAAAACAGUACAGAAUCUGUGAUAGACACAAUGAAGAGAAAUCAGUUCAGCGUGGGGCAAGAAUAUGGGUUUGUGAUUGGCACGAUGGAAGAAGCUGGAAUGUGUGGGCUAGACGUGAAAGCGGAUAUGUUACAUAAUUCUCAACCAAACGCUAUUCUUCAACACCAAGACUCAAAUUAUUGCGGCACAAACAAGCAUUCAGGGGAAGAGGAUGAAGGCAGUGACUUUCUCACAAAGAACAGGAGUUUGGUGAGUCCAGCGUACUGCACACAAGAGUCGAGAGAGGAAAUUCCUGGGCGAGAAGCUCGAACAGAUCCCCCUGAUGGUCAGCAAGAUUCAGAGUGCAGCAGGAACAAAGAAAAAGCCUUAGGAAAAGAAGUUUUAUUAUUGAUGCAAGCCCUAAACACCCUUUCAACUCCAGAAGAGAAGCUGGCAGCUCUCUGUAAGAAAUACGCUGAUCUUCUGGAGGAGAGCAGGAACGCUCAGAAGCAAAUGAAGAUUCUGCAGAAGAAGCAAGCCCAGAUUGUGAAAGAGAAAGUUCACUUGCAGAGUGAACACAGCAAGGCUAUCUUGGCGAGAAGCAAACUGGAGUCUCUUUGCAGGGAACUCCAGCGUCACAACAAGACGCUAAAGGAAGAAAAUAUGCAGCAGGCACGAGAGGAGGAAGAAAGACGUAAAGAAGCAACUGCACACUUCCAAAUUACUUUAAAUGAAAUCCAAGCACAGCUAGAACAGCAUGACAUCCACAACGCCAAACUCCGCCAGGAAAACAUUGAACUGGGAGAGAAGCUGAAGAAGCUCAUUGAACAGUACGCACUGAGGGAGGAGCAUAUUGAUAAAGUGUUCAAACAUAAGGAACUGCAACAACAGCUUGUGGACGCCAAACUUCAGCAAACGACACAGUUAAUAAAAGAAGCUGAUGAAAAACAUCAAAGAGAGAGAGAGUUCUUGUUAAAAGAAGCAACAGAAUCGAGGCACAAAUAUGAACAAAUGAAGCAGCAAGAAGUACAAUUAAAACAGCAGCUUUCUCUUUAUAUGGAUAAAUUUGAAGAAUUCCAGACUACCAUGGCAAAAAGCAAUGAACUGUUUACAACCUUCCGGCAGGAAAUGGAAAAGAUGACAAAGAAAAUUAAAAAACUGGAAAAAGAAACAAUAAUAUGGCGUACCAAAUGGGAAAACAAUAACAAAGCACUUCUGCAAAUGGCUGAAGAGGUGAGGUGGUUUCCUGCGACUGAGAAAACCGUCCGUGAUAAAGAGUACAAGGCCCUUCAAAUAAAACUGGACCGAUUAGAGAAGCUGUGCAGGGCUCUUCAGACAGAGCGGAACGAGCUCAGUGAGAAGGUGGAAGUCCUCAAGGAGCAGGCCUCGGGGAAAGCGGCCGGUGGGGGUGCAGCGCCUCGUGUCACACAGCCCUGCGCUGGCACCCUGGCUUCUCCCAAGGAGCUGAAUACAGCCUCGAACAGCGGCCCUGGAGUCCCUGUGGCGGUGGCGCCCAAGGCUGUGUCCCCAGGCACCGGGCCGGCCAUCGAGUCGGUGGACUGAGAAAGUAUGAUCACUGUACUGAGAGCUCUAUUUUGUGUAUAAUUUUCUCUGUUAGUAGUAACUAUUGGUUUUGUGGUGAAAAUUUUCUUACUUUUUCUACCAUAUCUGUAUUUUCUUAGAACUACUGGACUUCUGUGGUACAGGAGGCUGCUUAGCAGUUUUGAAUAGUUUUCCUCAGCUGUGUGGCACACCAGCCUCAUUUCCCUUCAUUGGAAUGCAUGUGGUCGCUGCCCUUUCUUCCCUGCUCCUUGCGCAGAAUCAUCCUAAUUAAAAUUUCACUCAAGACAGGGCUGACCAUUACAAGGGAACUUUGUUCUGAUGAGAAACAAUAUUCAUUUAAAUGUCCUGCCUCACCAUCAAUAGUAAUCACAAAAAAGAAUAUCAAGAAUGAUUAGUUUUGUCUAAUAGCCCAUUUAAAUCCCACGUAAAAAAAAUUCUAGGAUUGGAUCAGAAACAAAGAGCAUAUUUGAUUCCAAAUAGUUUUUGAUAUUUGUAGCACUUGACAAAUUGAGAUGGCCACAACCCUCCAAUUCUUGUUUUAGCAGAACAUGUACAUAAUGGUAUCACUUCUAAACAAAGUAGUACAUACAGGCAAAUCACCAAACAGGCCUAGUUUGUGUGACUAACAACUCAUACUGCUUUGGUUUCAGGUUAGGUAGAACCAGCGCAGAAUUUGGACCACUGGGAUGCUUACUGAGGGGUAGGUGCUUUGUUUUCCAUUUGGGAUUUGGAUACACACCUUCCACUUCCCACAGAAAGCAGGCACCGGUAGUCCUUUGUCAGUUGAAGACUGUAGCUUUCACCAAGCAAAAAGUCCCUCCACUGCCUUCUGGCUACUUGAAAUUGGUGUUCAGUUGUUAAGAGAGUCCCACCAACAAAGUUCUUUAGGUUAUCUUAAAGGGAUUUUAGUUAUGGAUCAUACUAACAAACUGAUCUCAUUUCCAAAACAGAGACUGGAAUGAACUUUAACUUUGGGAAAACGUAGCAGAGAGUUAAGUAGUCAGAAUCUGUUAUUACAUAUGCUUUCAAACUGUUUCUCACCCUUUUCUUAGUUUAUUUUUAAAGAAAAAAACCCAGUAUUAUCAAGGUCUCUACACUUGGAAUGCGGAAACUUUUCAAAAUUAAGCACAUCACUUUUGGAUUAACUUUGUUUACAGUGUCGAAUGUGGUUAAGUUAUGCAAAUAGUUCAUCAGGCUUCAGUGAUGAAAGUUUUGACUCUGUCCCUAGUAUAAUUUGCAUCGAAAAACAUUAUUAAAUAAAAAGGCUCCACUAGAACCGAUGUUAGCACAUUCCACUGAGCAAAACUAGCAAACUGACACUUUUUAAGUUGCUUACUGGACUGAAUAAAUUCUGUUCUGUCCAGUUAAAGGGGUUUUCUCUUUGUUGAAGUUUUAUUUGUAUUCUUUUUGUUCAAGUUUUAUUUGUAAAGUCCUGUCACAUUCAUGAUCUAAACCGGGUUGAAAGAAUUGAAAAUUGUCCAGUAGAUAGGAAACAGGGCCUGGAGUGGAGGAUUAAAUCUAAGCUUCCACCAUUGGUCAUGUUAAUCAGUGGAGGAAAAGAAAUCCACAAAGUAGGUUAUCUAAUCACUCUUGUCAACAGGAGUGGGAAGCAGAAACAAACAUUCCCUCCCAACAGCCUCUUAUAAAUACCCCCUUCAGCUAUAAAAAUGAAACAUUGGAUUCAUUUUCCCAAGAGGAGAUGAAGGUAUAGAAACAUCUACUUUAAAAUUAGUACUAAUGAUCACAUUUCACAAGAAUUCUGCUGGAUGUAUAGCUCUUAACGUUUUAAGCCAUUUGUGUAGCCCACCACAUAUCUCUGUGGUGCUUGUGCUGUGUUGGAAGAUUGUAACUCUUGGACCUGUUGCCUGUUUUCAAGGGCUUUAUAAAGCAAUGUGAUUAACAGUACUUGGCCUGCUGCUUUUGGCUUACACUAUGUAUUUUUAGCUAGAUGCUGUCAUGGUGUUUAAAGGAUAUGGAUUCUGUCUGGGAUGCGUUUGGUGUCCUUUCAGAAUCUGUCCUAUUAUCCUGUGAAUAAAAACAAAUGGGACCCACUGAGGACACCCUCCUAAAGCAAUCACCUCACCAGCCCAGUGUUGUGGCUUUGUAGCACGCCCUGUUAUAUCUACCAUAUUCUAGAACACUGUAAUGCUACUAGGCUGGUCCAGAAAAGGUUUAAAUGUUGAAUUCACUUCAAUUGCAUUUGUUGCACCGCCAUGGAAUCUUGAUGUGUAUUAUUUAUAAUGGCAGGAGACUCCAAGGAGUAGAGAAAACUUGGGUCUUGGAGUAAUGGACCAUUUCAUCCUCAGACUUGUAGGAGUCCAUUUCUUGGUCUUGAGACCAGUAUUUUUUAGUUAUGUAUGCAACUGCCUUUAUUACACCUGGUUAUCACAAUUCAGUUCUCAGGUGUUGCAGAAAAAUCUACCUCUUUCAGACUGUAGAUGGAAAUAACUGUGAAAAAAUGAUGCAGAUAUCUUCUAGUUUGUGCUAAACACACUGCUUUAUUUUUACAGCCCACGUCUUUCAUGAGGAUACAAAUUGUUAAAGAGGCAGUCUUGUUUUGCUUUUCAAAGACAUUUUGUAGAGAUUUUUCACUAAUGUGAAUCUGAUUUUAUCUACUCGAUUCUGUAUAGAUUAAGUAAAUAUGUAUGAUAAAUUUAA